UCAUUCUCUCCAUGAGCUGUCACACACACACAUAUUCCCACACACACACACACAUACAGAGAGACGCGUCCUCACACACGGAGUCGCUGCAUGUUGGAGCAAACGCCUGUACUCUCUCUGCUGUUCCCCGGUUACCGAAAAAAGCGCUUGUUUGAUUUCGCAGUCUGCGGCGAGCCACGUCGUGACAGAGUUUGGACACGGAGAAGGAGGAGCAGUGAAGGGGGGAGAGAAAAAGGUGGUGUCCUCCUGUCAGAAACACACUCUUCCUCUGACACAUGGCUGACAGCGGGAGCCGGAAGGGGCGAGAAAGAGUUCUGGAGUGACACACGCACAAGACGAAAGAAAGAGGCAGUCGGCCAUCUGUGGUCGGUCCCCCGCUACUCUGCAGCUGUGUUGGAGUGAGCUUACCAAUCGCGGCUCUAUCAGGACUCUGGAAACAACAAGCCGAGACAGAGGGGCUCUCGCUACAGCUAUUGCUCAGGGGAUGAGCCUAGACUGGGGCAAUGUUAAGACCUUGUUGGCCCUGGAUUAGGCCCCUGGGGCUGCUUCUCUGGAAGGAUGGGUGACACCCCAGCUGGAUCCUCUGCUGUCGCCAAGUUCCAUGGCUAUCAUUAGUGGCUAAUGAACUGCUGCUUGAGAGGAAACGCAGAAGGAGCCUGUGGAGAGAGGAGGAACCUUACAGCUGUUAUUAGGAGGCCCAGAGAUCUCUGAAAAGGAAUUCUCUUCUCUGCACGAGAGUGGAACCUUUUACAUUUUUAAGCUAUUCCGAGGGAAAGCAUGAUAUUGGUCACCAUGGCAGCAGCCUAUCGUGUAGUGGUGAGCAGUGUGAGCUGCUACAACAGUGUGGUAGUGGACCGGCGUUCACACUCCCAUGCAGUUCACUACUGCUCAGGGCCAUGUGGGGCGCUGUCCCAGGGACUGGACUGUACUGUCGCACACCGCGGCACCUGCUCUGAGCUGCUUGUUGCACCUGACCCUCUGUACGAUGACCCAAACAGCUUACAGAUACACUCUCAUAACAUGAUCACACAGCUAAUGCCUAAUCAAGGUAAAAUCAGUGUUACCUUGGAUACAAGUUAUAAUGGUGGUCUAGAGAGAGCAGGCAGCAGUGGCAAUUUGUCUCAAGGGGAGGAUAGCCCAACGUGGCGUGGUAAGAAGACCCCCUUUUGCGGAUCAACAGGGAACUUGAGCUCCUCUGGCAGUCUGAAGGACAUCACAGAAGAGGCCAUUAACCUUGCCAGUGGUAAGCUCAAAGAGUUUUCUUUCGACAAGCUUCGCCUCUCCUCUUCAAGCCAUGUCACCUUCCGGAAAGGUCGCAAGGUCCGUCCUGACUCUUUCAGCCGUCGUUCAACCGACCUGGAGAUCAUCUACGGCCACUUCAGCUCCAACAUCUCCACAAAUGGAAUGACCAAUGGCAUGACAAAUGGCACGACAACUCCGAAUGAUGAGAAUCUGCCACCGUUUGUGCCAGGGAAAGCACCAGCUCUGGAGGAGACGAAGCUUAAAAGCAGCACAAGCACUUUGUCAGCAAUCACCAAAAUUGGAGGUGGGUCAACAAGCAGCAUAUCAAGUAUUGGGUCUUUGGACCAAAGUCUGAACACUGUGGCCUCCCUGUACCGCAACGCCCUUGGAGAGGAGAACCUGAUUGCCCGUCUGCUGGAGAAGACACGAGCAGAGGCAGGAACUGGGGGAGCAGGUGGUGAGGACAUUCGUGCAUGCCUUGACAUCCUGCUUAAAUGUUCUGAAGACCUAAAGAAAUGCACCGACAUCAUUAAGCAGUGCAUCAAACAGAAAGCUGGUGGAGGGUCAGGGGAUGGGGGAGACAGUCCUGACAGUGUUUAUCGGGCCGUGAUGACCCGACUCAGCUCAUAUUUGAAGAGACUACCUCUGGAGCUGGAGGGUAUAGGAAGUUUGGGUGGCAGUGGGCAAGGGGGUCAAAGUGGGCACAGUGAUCUGGCAGAGCUGGUAAAUACCCUACACUCCAUCCAGCAAGGACCGUACUCGCCAAUAUUUGGCAAUGAGCAACCUCCUCGCUAUGAGGAUGUGGUACAGUCCCCACCAAGUCCAAAGACUAUUCCUCAUUCUGCACCUUUUACUCCAUCCUCUUUUUUAUCUUCUUUAAAAUUAGACUCCAUCCAAACCAAACCAGUCCAGAGCACCCCGUCCAGAGCCAGUCCAUACACCAAUGGACUACAACAUUCACAUCCUUCUUCUAUUACACAAAAUACUCUUUCUCCUCCAUCCAUCACAUGCACUCCAUCCAGCAUAUCUCCAACGCACACUCCCUCCCCUCUUAGAACAUCCCCAACCCCACCAUACUCGCAGACUCCUCCAGCAUCCCCCAUGGAGGCUCUCUACAUUGAGGAGGAGGAGGCAGAUAUGGACAAAUCAACAGAACAAAUCUUGCAACAGGCACACACUCCACCUAGAGGGGUUAACACGAAUGGGACGACUUUGGGUCAACACUUAAACCUGUCCAAUUCACAAACACUCCAUAACACUUCAAAUACUUUGCCUGACAGCAGUGCCUACAGCACUGCUUGGUCCACUUCCUCACCAUCGUUAACAAUCUCAGCACCUAAAGCUGCCUCUCACAGGAAUGAUGACAUUGACAAGCUGCUGAUGGACUUAGAGAAUCUGUCCCAGAGUAUGAGCCACCCCAGAAAAUCUGAGCCUCCACUUCCAGCCAAAACCAGAAAGAGAGACGCAAACCAUGGAAUAAUGCCCAGUGACCCUUUUUCUCAUACUAAACUGGCCCAGUUCCAAGUCCAGAAGCCAGACAGCCACUUCACCAUGAAUGGCCCUAGCUCCAGGACUCCCCAGAUUCUCACUCCUACCCAGGCAGAGAACAGUGAAGCUGUGGUGGGAGAAGAGGAGGAUGGGGCACUGCUAAUGAGGAUUCUGGAGAGUAUUGAGAGUUUUGCCCAGGAGCUGGUUGAUUCUGGGGCAGGAAGUACAGGGAGUGCCGAGAGAAAAAGCGGGAAGGAACGGGAGGUGAUGAGGCUCUUGCAGGAUACACUGGCAACAACUGGCAGGCCUGACACUCCUCUGGAGAGCACAGACUUACCAGCAGCUCCGUCAUUGCACGCAAUUGUAGUCCCAGCUAUACCACCUAAACAGUCUCAGGCAAAUGCAUCUGCAGAUUCACUUACUUCUUCACUUAUAACUGAACUAUUUGAAGAUGAAGAUGAUGCUGCAUAUGAACCUGUACCUAAAACUGCACCUGACAUCACCCCCAAACCUCUGCCACAACCCAUACCUGAGCCUACAACUGAGGCUACAGAUAGACUCAUAGAGGCCUCUAGGCGUGGCCCUGAACCAGAAUCCAUCCAUGCACCUGCAAGCUUGCAUUCCUCCACACAUCCAGCACCUGAAGCUCCAGCACCUGUUGCCAUUCUGAUUGUGGAAGGCGCAAGAGAUGCUACCAUUGCUCCUGAGGAUCCAGCUGCAGGGAGAGAAACUGGUUCAACUCUCCUCAUCCAGCAGACCCCAGAGGUGAUCAGGGUUCAGUCCAAACCAGAGAAGAAACCCGGCACACCUCCACCCGCCCCCGCUCUGCCCACAGCUACACCUACCCCCCCCAUCCCACGGUCACCCAGCCCUCCCCCGGCUCCAGUGAUAGUCACCCCUCCUCCCCCUGCCAUCAACAUUCCCAGAUUCUACUACCCCUGUGGGCUCCCUUCCAUGGGCCCGGGCGCCAACCACGACGCUGCCAUCACUGCCAUUGAGACGGCAUUCACUGAUUUUGAUGAGGAGAAGGCGGACAUUUAUGAGAUGGGCAAGAUUGCAAAGGCAUGCGGUUGUCCACUUUACUGGAAGGCCCCCAUGUUCUACUCAGCAGGGGGUGAGAGGACGGGCUUCGUCUCUGUUCACUCCUUCAUCGCAACCUGGAGGAAGUUGCUGCACAGUUGCCACGAUGAUGCAUCAAGGUUUAUUUCCCUGCUGUCCAAGCCGAGCUGUAACUACCUUGAGCAGGAGGACUUUAUCCCUCUAUUGCAGGACAUUGUGGAUACUCACCCUGGCCUCACGUUUCUGAAGGAUGCACCAGAGUUUCAUUCCCGAUACAUAACAACGGUCAUCCAGAGGAUAUUCUACAUCGUGAACCGCUCUUGGACAGGCCGCAUCACCAUGAUGGAGCUGCGCAGGAGCAACUUUUUACAGACUCUGGCCCUGCUGGAGGAGGAGGACGACAUCAACCAGAUCACCGACUACUUCUCCUACGAGCACUUCUACGUCAUCUACUGCAAGUUCUGGGAGCUGGACACCGACCACGACCUGUACAUUGACCCCAAAGACCUGGGCAGAUACAACGACCACGCGUCCUCGAACAGGAUCAUUGAAAGAUUGUUUUCAGGGGCCGUGACUCGGGGUAACGCUGUGCAGAGAGAAGGCAGGAUGAGCUAUGCCGAGUUCGUCUGGUUCAUCAUUUCUGAGGAGGACAAGAAAAAUCCCACAAGUUUAGAGUACUGGUUCCGCUGCAUGGACACAGACGGUGACGGCGUCCUGUCCAUGUUCGAGUUGGAGUAUUUCUAUGAGGAGCAGUGCGAGAGGAUGGAAAGGAUGGGCAUUGAACCUCUGCCCUUCCAGGAUCUGCUCUGUCAGAUGCUCGACCUGGUCAAACCAGAGAGCCAAGGUAAGAUAACACUUGGUGAUUUGAAGCACUGCAGGAUGGCUCACAUCUUCUUGGACACCUUCUUCAACCUGGAGAAAUACCUGGACCACGAACAGAGAGACCCAUUUGCUGUGCAAAAGGACAUUGAUAGUGAAGGUCCAGAGCCGUCUGAUUGGGAUAAAUACGCCUCAGAGGAGUAUGAGAUACUGGUGGCAGAGGAGACUGCAAAUGAACAGCUACAUGAAGGGUCAUUUGAUGACGACUAUGAAUCUGAGGAACUCCAAGUCCCAGGAGAGAUUGGGAAUAAAAUGGACAAACUGGUUAUAUCAGACCUGACAGCAUGAAACUCCUACGUCUUUCUCUCUGUGUAGCAAACAGGAUUAAAGAGACACAAGGUCUCUUUGGAUGGAUGGAUGUAUCAAAGAAUACAUGGAUGUGAAGAUUUUUGCAUCUGUAUUUCAAAGACUCGGGCGCCUCCUCAAAUGGACUCCACAGUUUUUUGUGUGUGCGUGUGACCAUAAACCAGAACUCUACUGGGUCUGGUGCAAUAACAAAUCUGUAUUCAAACAGAAAACAAUGUCGCUGCCUCCUGCCCUCCAGCUCUUGACUCCACUUGGAGAACAAAGCCAACGAAGCAGGGAGAUGUGUAUGAUAAAACGACUCAAGGCAAAAUAUCACUGUAAAAAAAUGUUGUUUUUAUUGUAAAUUCUUUACAGACAAUCCUGCUAGAAGACAAUCAACUUUGUUUUCACUGUGCUAAAGGUAGACAGACAAGUUGUCAGCUACACAAAUGGACUCAAAAGUUAAAAAAAAAAAAAAGGGAUAAAGUAUAAAAAUAUAUUGUUUUAGGCACUGCCAAAAUCAGCUGCUCACUUGUGAUGCACACAGACAGACACUGCCGUCACAUACCAGCUGCCUGUGCAGCUCGUCACUGUGUUUCUUGUAAAGGAAGUAAUUAAAGCCCCUGUCUCCUCAGGGAGGAUUCAUGUAACAGUUUGAGUGAUUGUAACAGCACCUCUCUGUGGCCAGUCUCUGCUACUGCACGUGCAUGGUGCUGUACAGCAGGCCAACCUUUCCAAGAAGGAGUUGACUUCACAGCCUGAGCUGCUCUAUUAUUAGCGCAGCAUUAUUAGUGCUCCACUUAUGGACUCUAUUUUUAAUUAUUUGUAUAAAAAAAAUAUCUUUAACUACGUGUAAAGAAACCAGGCAUUCUCUACACUUAUUUUCAGUAAGGUCACACAUAUGAAACUCUCUGGUAGAGUUGGUCACACAUUUCCAUCUGUAACAUUUGUGAUAAGGCAAUAGACACAUAGAAGUGUGUGUAACACAAUUACCCAUCA